AUGCAUACCUGGGCUCUCCACUGAGGGAGAUGAUGCAGGGAGGGGAAUCCCACCUGCUGUGAGUCACCUGCUAGUGUAAAGGGCGGGCCUUGGACUGCAGAGUCCUUAAAAAGACUCAGCCAAAGGGAGAAAAACAAGGGGAACCAGCUCAGAAACACCGUGAACAACAGCACAAACCAGAACCAGGCACAGAACAGAGAGAAUCAGGCUGAGAGCAAGGGGAAGUGGGCAGAGAUUCCACCAGGACUGGUGCAAGACACUGAGCCAGCCAGAUUCCAGAAGCAGAUGACAAGAUGCUGGGAAGCACAGCUGUGAUGCUGCUACUGCUGCUCCCCUGGAUUGCUCAGGGCCGGGCUGUGGCUGGGAGCAACAACGCUGCCUGGGCCCAGUGCCAGCAGCUGUCACAGAAGCUCUGCACGCUGGCUUGGAGUGCACAUCCAUUAGUGGGACAUGUGGACCCACCAAGAGAAGAGGGAGAUGAAGAGACUGCAGACGAUGUCCCCCAUAUCCAGUGUGGGGAUGGCUGUGAUCCACAAGGACUCAAAGACAACAGUCAGUUCUGUUUGCAGAGGAUCUACCAGGGUCUAAUUUUUUACCAGAAACUGCUGGGCUCAGACAUUUUCACAGGGGAGCCUUCACUACUCCCUGAUGGCCCCGUAGGCCAGCUUCAUGCCUCCCUGCUGGGCCUCAGCCAACUCCUGCAGCCUGAGGAUCACCAACAGGAGACUCAGACUCCGAGCCUCAGCCCCAGCCAGCCAUGGCAGCGCCUCCUUCUUCGUAUCAAGAUCCUACGCAGCCUCCAGGCCUUUGUGGCUGUAGCUGCCCGAGUCUUUGCCCAUGGAGCCACAACUCUGAGCCCCUAACACCAACAGCUUAAGGAUGGCAUUCAACUCUCUGUGGCUUAGCAAUGACAAGACGAAUCCAUUACCCAGACACUUGAAAGCCAGGACUUGCUUGCUAAAAAAUGACCAACACUGACUUAUGAUGCUGACCUGUGACAAAGCUGCAUAUUUAUUAGAUGGGAAGGGAAAUUUUGGUAUUAUUUAUCCUCAGAGGGGCAGUU